AUGCUCAUUCCAGCAAACUGCUUCUGCCGCCAGGGAUAUGAUUCGUUCCAGUCGUAUGCUCCAAGGAACACACCUUCUGCAGGCUGCUAUUCGGUCAAGCAAGCCGAAGCCACUUACACGCUAGCGGCUAGUCGUUGCAGAACAGAGGGAGGUGUGGUCGCACUUGCCAAGACUCGAAAUCAAACAGAUUACCUCAAUUCAAAGUUCGUUACCGGAAGCAGUUUUUGGAUCGGUCUCAAAUGGGAUCAACUCAAUCAAGUCUACAAAUGGGCGGAUGGAAGCGUG